UACUGUAUAAUGAUGAAGAUGACAUUUUGGAGAUGAAAAGUAUUUUGCAAGUGCAGAUGAAAGUGAGUGAAGAUGAAAAGUAUUUUGGAGAUGAAAAGUAUUUUGCAAGUGCAGAUGAAUGUGAUAGUAAGACACUUAAAUAGAUGGUAUUAAUGUCUCACAUUGAAGCUAGUCUGAGAUACCGUGUCAAGCAUGCAAGUAAUUUCAGAGAUGAUGUGUCUGUCAUGCAAGACAGUGUGACUUGAUGUGUCAAGCAUGCUAGCUAGUUCAGAGAUGAGGUGUCUGUCAUGCAAGACAGUGUGAGUUGAUGUGUCAAGCAUGAUAGGUAGUCAAGAGUUGAUGUGUCUGUCAUGCAAGCUAUCAAGUAGGUAGUCAUCAACAUACAGGAGACAAGACAGACACGUGUCGGACACCUAAGACGGUCAGAGAUGAGGUGUCAAUCCUGCAAGACAGUGUGACUUGAUGUGUCAAGCAUGCUAGCUAGUAAGAAGGUAGUCAUCAGCAUACAGGAGACAAGACAGACACGUGUCGGACACCUAAGACGGUCAGAGAUGAUGUGUCAAUCCUGCAAGACAGUGUGAGUUGAUGUGUCAGCCAGGCAAGCUAUCAAGAAGGUAGUCAUCAGCAUACAGGAGACAAGACAGACACGUGUCGGACACCUAAGAUGGUCAGAGAUGAUGUGUCAAUCAUGCAAGCCAUCCAUAAGUGAAUUGUUCAGCAUGCAGGAGACAGCAAUGCCACGUGUUGAGCAUGCAAAGGGUGGCGCCAAUUGGAUUGGCGCCUACCUUUAGGACUUGCACAUGGUCGCCAGUUUGAAUGGCGCCCCCCUUAGUCAGUCCUUGAAACCAAGCAUUCAGAACUAGGCUUGCAUGCAUGUGCCCUAGGGUGUCGCCAAUUUGAAUGGCGCCCCCUCCUAAAUAAUGUACAUGGUCGCCAAAUGAGGUGGAGACACCAUGCAAACACAAUUUUUCAUGCACUCAUCCAUUUGCCUAUAAAUUGAUCCACUCCUUCACCAAUUCUUUCACACCAACAUUCUCACUACUUCAUCUACAUUUCUCACUACUUCAUCUACAUUACUUCUGUUACAAUUUCAUCUUCUACAAAAUCUUCCAUUUUCAUCUACACCAACUCCCCAACAAUAUGUCUUUACUCACAAUGGGCGAAGCACACAGAGGAACAGUUGCAAACAUCGCGACAUACGAUGUCUCAAGGUUUCGCACUCGAGUUCACGAAUUUGUCCACAUGGACCCGUUGAUUCAACCUUAUGUUGAACUUGCCGGUUUUGGUCACCUUAGCAAAAUUAUGUCUUGGUCUAUAGAUAACAAAUUCAUUCUCGCCUUAUGCGAAAGAUGGAGGCCAGAGACACACACAUUUUGGUUUCCAACCGGUGAGUGUACCGUGACGUUAGAAGACGUCUACAUGCUUUUAGGACUACGAAUUGAAGGCAAAGCUGUUAAUGGUAAGACCAACUUUCCAAAUUCAAUUUGCAUGGAGCUUUUAAACGUUGAUUUGUUAGAUGAUAAUGCUAGGGGACAAGGUAUACUACUUUCACGCCUAAAGUCAUAUUAUAAUAGUUUUUAUUUAGAUGAGCAUUCUACCGAAGAAGCUCGAAUCAUUAAAACUAGGUGUUACAUUAUGUUGUUACUAGGAUCCUUUUUAUUUCCCGAAGGUAGUGGUUCUAGCAUGCAUAUUAUGUACUACCUUUACUUAGACAAAUAGAUAGAAUAGGUAGUUAUAGUUGGGGAUCCGCAUGUCUAGCCUAUCUCUAUAGUUCUUUGUGCAAAAACUGCCACAAAGAUACUUCUACAUUUUCUGGAUGUGCUGUUUUGCUACAAGCAUGGGGAUGGUCAAGACUACCGUCUCUAGCACCGGUCAAUAGCAACCCCUUCACUUUUCCAUAUGCAAAAAAGUAAGUUGUUUAAAUUGCUAUAUCUUUACUUCCUUCCUUACAGUUUAUUACCCAUAACUAAUUUAUUUUAACUUUUUGGUGUAGAUGGUCGGCACGCGGUAUGAAUUACAGCAGAUGUCCGAGACACUGUAUUACUCAAUAUCGCAACCUGUUGGAUCACCUUCGACCGGCAGACUUCAUUUGGCGUCCAUACCUUAAUAUGGAUCAUGAGCAUCAGAUCAACCCUGAAGACGCAGCCGUAUGGACAACAUGCACACCAAUAAUACGGUUCACAACAGUGGAGCUGCACAACACCGAUCGUGUGAAGCUGCAGUUUGGUAUGGUCCAGAAUAUCCCAGAUCCCCCAGCUAGCCUAGGAGAAUGGCAUAUGCGUAAAGUGAACGACCAAUGGAACUUCAACCCUUGGCAACAAUUCGCAAGAUCAGAGUGUCGCAAGUGGAAGCACCGUCAUGACCAUGUCUUAACUGACGCAGUCAUGCCAAAUGAGGUAAAACCAAGUCGUACUUAUAUGGCUUGGUAUAGAUCAGUUGGAUUUCAAUUCAUCGCCGAUGAUAUGUACCUCUACGACCCACGCCAGACAACUUACACACAAGAAGCCUCAACAUCUAACCCCCAACAACAUUCUCAGCCCAAUUACUCACAACCACCUAUCCGACAAACUUUCCGUUCCACAAACACACAAACAUACAACCAAAACAUGCCAUUCACCCAACCCCAAAACCAAGAACAUCCCCCAUACCACCACCAACAAAUGGACCAUCAACCUUCGACCGAACAUCGCUUCGCACCCACACCAUCACCCUACCAAAGUCGCCUUACCCAAAACACUAACCGCCCCAUCACCUACCGUAGCCAAGAACCCCAAACAUCACAAUACCAAAACAUCCCACAACCAUAUCUCUUCCAAACACCCCAACAACCUUUCCAACCUUUCCUAGACCCAUCAUUGUCACCCAUGUCCCCCUUCAACCGUCCUGGUCGCCCAUCCAUGAGUCAACCACACCCCAACUUCUCUGGCAUGGGUCAUGAGCUCAGCUACGCCGGUACACCAUCAUUGAAUACUGAAGACUAUGCUGAGUUGGCUGAAUACCUCAACGGAUCUUCUCCUGUAGGCGGUAAUGACGCUCCUGGACCAUCAGAUGAACAAACACCGGUUCAGAAUCGUCAACGUGGGUUAGGGCCAAGGGUUAGGAUAGCUAGGGGAUGUGGGACCGGAGGUCGGUUAGGUGAUCCCGGUCAUCACCAUUAGGAUUCAUUGUGUAAAAUCCAAAUUUUAUUAAUAUCAAUUCGUAUUAUGUCAAA